AUGAUGUGGUUGACUCGCGUUUUGGCGUUGCCGCGUGCCGCAAGUGUGGGUGGGAAGCGUUUCUUCAGUACAGGAAGCGUUGUUCUGGCGCCAAAACGUGCGGUGGUGGGGAGACGUGGAAAAGACGCUGUUGCGACCCACCGAAAAACGUUGUCGUUACAGACAAAGCCAGCGACGGACACUGCACAUUCCAGGACCUUCGCCUCGCUCAGUGGCAGAGGCAACGAAGGUGAGAUCGAUAAAAGCGGGAAGAAAAGUUUGACAGGGGCAAAUUCGGCAAUGAAGAACGGCAGCGACGUUGUCGACGUUGAAGAUGAGGAGAGGCGUCUUGCGGAGGGAGACACACGGCUUGCGAUGCGGUUGCUGAUGCAGCACCACUUUCUUUACCAGCACAAUAUGCGGCGGCCAGAGGAGCGGAGGCUGGAGGAAGAGCGGGAGAUGCUGCGAGAGAAGCACCGCGCACGCAUGGAGCGCAUUGAAGAAAAGACAAGAAAUGCCAUGGAACUUGGCCAGGACGUUUCCGUGGACGGAAUUUUGCCGCUUUAUGGAAGAGGCACGUCGACAGCCGCAUCCACUACUUCCAUGUCAGCAGCCGCAGCCACUACCUCCAAGUCAGCAGCCUCAUGGAUGCGUCUAAAUCCAGUGGAGGCGGAGGCUGGCGACCGCGACGUAGAUGGUGACAACUACAGUACAACGGGUUCAUUGCUUACAAAACCUGACAUAUCAGCCUACGACACUGAGCACGAUCACCGCAUUCGCAGCGCGGAAGUGCUGGACGAGGAGCAGAGACGCCGAAGAGAGGACCUAAGGAGCGGUGAUGCGACGAGGAAACUCUGGCCACAGGAGGAACUUGAGACGGGUGGAGGUUUGACACCGCAGCGAGUGGUGCAGAGCCAGAUACUGGAGGACGAAGACCAGGACUUUGCUGUGGAGGCGUAUUCCAGUGACUACGAUGAAUGA